AUGAUGACUUCGGUGGGCAGUGAACGUACCCGGGGCACUCGGGACAAAACACAGAUUUCAGCCACACAGCCAACACAACCACAGAAACAGGUAAUACAGGCAACAGCAGAACAGAUUCGCCUUGCUCAGAUGAUCUACGAUAAGAACGACGCAGAUUUUGAAGAUAAAGUGAAACAACUUAUGGAAGUGACGGGGAAAAACCAGGAUGAGUGCAUAGUGGCACUACAUGAUUGUAAUGGGGAUGUGAACAGAGCAAUCAACAUACUGCUGGAAGGAAGUUCAGACACGACUUCUUGGGAGACUGUAGGGGGGAAGAAGAAAAGCCUUGGAAAGGAAAGUUCAGAAAACAAAGAGAACAGAGAAAAACGAGGGGACAGAGAAGUGAGUCGCGGACGGGGAAGUUCCAACAGACGGGGAAGAGGAGGCAGCCGUGGCCGAGAGUUUAGAGCUGAAGAGAAUGGAGUGGACAACAAUCAAGGAGACAGGCCUUCAGACCGUGGGAAACGUGGCCGUGGGAGAGGGUUUGGACGUGGCAGAGGGAGAGGAGCGGGGAGGUUUUCAGCCCAAGGCAUGGGGACAUUUAACCCUGCAGACUAUAUGGAGUCGUCUGCCACUGAUGGCUUUGGGACAAAAUCAGAGAUUUGGGAGACUGGUCAGAAUGAUGCAGAUGAUGGAACUGAGCAAACACAGAGUGGACUUUACCUUGCUCAGGACCUGCCAAAUAAUUUUGCAUUCCGAGGAGCCUGGAAAAACUCAAUAGAAGAAUGGACAGCAGAAGACUGGAAUGAAGAUCUUUCUGAAACGAAAGUGUUCACUGCUUCCUCUGUUCCAGCAGAGAAUCAUGUAACCCCUGGGCAAAGCAUUGAUUUGGUAACACUGCUUCAAAAGCCUGUGACUUCUACCCAGGAGACAGAAGGCAACUCAUUUGAGGCUUCCCAGCAGCAGACCUUUGGCCAAGCUCUGGUCUUCACCAAUUCUCAGCACAGCACUCAGCUGGCAUCAGGAGCCGGCAGCUCCAGUGCUGUAAACUCUUAUCCUCCUCAAAGUCUGUCUGCAGUUCUUUGUUCUGGCUUUGGAGAACUCGGAUCCUCUAAAUUGGCAAACUCUACUGGAUCCCAAAUCUUGGACCAGCUGAAAUCUCCAGGAUUGGGUCAGUUUACCUCUCAGCAUAACAGUAGUAGCUCUACCACCACUACCACAACUACGACAUCAUCCUGGGAUCUAAAACCGCCGAUUACUCAGUCCUCAGUCCUUAGUCAGUUUGACUUUAAAUCCCAGCCCGAACCAUCCCCGGUUCUGAGCCAGUUGACCCAGCGACAGCAACAACAAACGCAGGCAGUCCAUGUUCCUCCUCCUGGGCUGGAGUCCUUCUCCUCCCAGAUAAAACUCCGAGAGCCAUCACCAGUAGACACCUCUACAGCUGUUAGCAAAAUGCUACAGCUCCCCACUAUAUCUAUGGAUAAUCAGGCAGUGACUGCCCAUCAAACCCAGCAGAAACAGAUAAAACCACCAAAACGGAGGAUAGCUCCAGCAUCAAAGAUUCCUGCCUCUGCAGUGGAGAUGCCUGGAUCAGCGGAUGUGACAGGGUUAAAUGUUCAGUUUGGAGCUCUGGAGUUUGGAUCGGAGCCUGCACUCCCAGAGUUUGGAUCAAUUUCAAGCAGUGAGAAUACCAGCCAGGCGACCAACAAUAGCUUGUAUUCAAAAUCUGUAAAUGAUCCUUUGAAUACCUCUUUGCCAAUAUCCAAUACAGUACAGGAGUCCACCUACACAACCUCUGCCAUCACCUCUUCCAGUCUGACAUGCUCAUCCCAGAGCACUAGCCCAGUAACAACAACUUCCUCUUAUGACCAGACUUCUGUGCAUAGUAGGAUAGCGUACCAAAGCUCCAUGGCUCCGUCUGAAUCAACCCCUGUUGCAGUUACGAACGGGCACAGUGGUAUUAGGACACAGGCAACUCUUGACACUACUUCGUCAGUUCCAGCGCCUAAGACAGAGCCUUCUCCCUCACUACCUUCUGCUGGUUCUCUGCCUAGCGUGGUAUCCACCACUGCUUCACUUCUGCCUUCAGCAUCGCAGCACACAGUAACAUUGCCCAGCUUGCCUCAGUCCAGUGAUUUGGCCAGCAGCUCACUUUCCCAGUUAAGCAGCUCCCUUUCCAGUCAUCAGAGCAGCCUCUCCCCUGCCUCAGUGUUGUCUUCAAGCACAUCACAUGCACACACUAGUGUUGAGAACACAACUUCGCUCCAGCCCUCAACAACCUUUUCAACUGCUUCAACCUCAGCCACUAGCACCACCUCUUCGGUUGUCAGCAUGGCAAGCAGUAUGAACACUACAAACAGCCUUGGCCUGAGCGUUACCAGUGUGUCUAUACCAGCUGCUACCACACGGGCAGCUCCCUUAGUGUCUUCAGGCAAAGCACCCCCAAACCUGCCCCAAGGCGUACCACCCUUGUUGCACAACCAGUAUAUUGUGGGACCUGGAGGACUUCUGCCUGCCUACCCAAUUUAUGGUUAUGAUGAUCUCCAGAUGCUUCAGUCCAGGCUGCCAAUG